AUGAGUCCGAGACAGGGCAACAAUGUUGGUGGCGCAGAAGAAGAAGGAGCAGUGGCCUCACUCCUCCACUUGGCUGGCAACAAGAAGAAGAAGGAGCAGUGGCCUCACUCCUCCACUUGGCUGGCAACAAGAAGAAGAAGAAGGAGCAGUGGCCUCACUCCUCCACUUGGCUGGCAACAAGAAGAAGAAGAAGAAGAAGGAGCAGUGGCCUCACUCCUCCACUUGGCUGGCAACAAGAAGAAGAAGAAGGAGCAGUGGCCUCACUCCUCCACUUGGCUGGCAACAAGAAGAAGAAGAAGGAGCAGUGGCCUCACUCCUCCACUUGGCUGGCAAGAAGAAGAAGAAGAAGAAGAAGAAGAAGGAGCAGUGGCCUCACUCCUCCACUUGGCUGGCAACAAGAAGAAGAAGAAGAAGAAGAAGAAGGAGCAGUGGCCUCACUCCUCCACUUGGCUGGCAACAAGAAGAAGAAGAAGGAGCAGUGGCCUCACUCCUCCACUUGGCUGGCAACAAGAAGAAGAAGAAGGAGCAGUGGCCUCACUCCUCCACUUGGCUGGCAACAAGAAGAAGAAGGAACAGUGGCCCCACUCCUCCACUUGGCUGGCAAUAAGAAGAAGAAGAAGAAGGAGCAGUGGCCUCACUCCUCCACUUGGCUGGCAAGAAGAAGAAGAAGGAACAGUGGCCCCACUCCUCCACUUGGCUGGCAACAAGAAGAAGAAGGAGCAGUGGCCUCACUCCUCCACUUGGCUGGCAACAAGAAGAAGAAGAAGAAGGAGCAGUGGCCUCACUCCUCCACUUGGCUGGCAACAAGAAGAAGAAGAAGAAGAAGGAGCAGUGGCCUCACUCCUCCACUUGGCUGGCAACAAGAAGAAGAAGAAGAAGAAGGAGCAGUGGCCUCACUCCUCCACUUGGCUGGCAACAAGAAGAAGAAAAAGAAGAAGGAGCAGUGGCCUCACUCCUCCACUUGGCUGGCAACAAGAAGAAGAAGAAGAAGGAGCAGUGGCCUCACUCCUCCACUUGGCUGGCAACAAGAAGAAGAAGAAGGAGCAGUGGCCUCACUCCUCCACUUGGCUGGCAAGAAGAAGAAGAAGGAGCAGUGGCCUCACUCCUCCACUUGGCUGGCAACAAGAAGAAGAAGAAGAAGGAGCAGUGGCCUCACUCCUCCACUUGUCUGGCAAGAAGAAGAAGAAGGAACAGUGGCCCCACUCCUCCACUUGGCUGGCAACAAGAAGAAGAAGAAGAAGGAGCAGUGGCCUCACUCCUCCACUUGGCUGGCAACAAGAAGAAGAAGAAGAAGGAGCAGUGGCCUCACUCCUCCACUUGGCUGGCAACAAGAAGAAGAAGAAGAAGAAGAAGAAGAAGAAGAAGAAGAAGGAGCAGUGGCCUCACUCCUCCACUUGGCUGGCAACAAGAAGAAGAAGAAGGAGCAGUGGCCUCACUCCUCCACUUGGCUGGCAACAAGAAGAAGAAGAAGAAGAAGGAGCAGUGGCCUCACUCCUCCACUUGGCUGGCAACAAGAAGAAGAAGAAGAAGAAGGAGCAGUGGCCUCACUCCUCCACUUGGCUGGCAACAAGAAGAAGAAGAAGGAGCAGUGGCCUCACUCCUCCACUUGGCUGGCAACAAGAAGAAGAAGAAGAAGGAGCAGUGGCCUCACUCCUCCACUUGGCUGGCAAGAAGAAGAAGGAACAGUGGCCCCACUCCUCCACUUGGCUGGCAACAAGAAGAAGAAGAAGAAGAAGAAGAAGGAGCAGUGGCCUCACUCCUCCACUUGGCUGGCAAGAAGAAGAAGAAGGAACAGUGGCCCCACUCCUCCACUUGACUGGCAACAAGAAGAAGAAGGAACAGUGGCCCCACUCCUCCACUUGGCUGGCAAGAAGAAGAAGAAGAAGAAGAAGGAACAGUGGCCCCACUCCUCCACUUGGCUGGCAACAAGAAGAAGAAGAAGAAGAAGAAGAAGAAGAAGAAGAAGGAGCAGUGGCCUCACUCCUCCACUUGGCUGGCAACAAGAAGAAGAAGAAGGAGCAGUGGCCUCACUCCUCCACUUGUCUGGCAAGAAGAAGAAGAAGGAACAGUGGCCCCACUCCUCCACUUGGCUGGCAACAAGAAGAAGAAGAAGAAGAAGGAGCAGUGGCCUCACUCCUCCACUUGGCUGGCAACAAGAAGAAGAAGAAGAAGGAGCAGUGGCCUCACUCCUCCACUUGGCUGGCAAGAAGAAGAAGGAACAGUGGCCUCACUCCUCCACUUGGCUGGCAAGAAGAAGAAGGAACAGUGGCCCCACUCCUCCACUUGGCUGGCAACAACAAGAAGAAGAAGAAGAAGAAGAAGAAGAAGAAGAAGAAGAAGAAGAAGAAGAAGAAGAAGAAGAAGAAGAAGAAGAAGAAGCAGUGGCCUCACUCCUCCACUUGGCUGGCAACAAGAAGAAGAAGAAGAAGGAGCAGUGGCCUCACUCCUCCACUUGGCUGGCAACAAGAAGAAGAAGAAGAAGGAGCAGUGGCCUCACUCCUCCACUUGGCUGGCAACAAGAAGAAGAAGAAGGAGCAGUGGCCUCACUCCUCCACUUGGCUGGCAACAAGAAGAAGAAGAAGAAGAAGAAGAAGAAGAAGGAGCAGUGGCCUCACUCCUCCACUUGGCUGGCAACAAGAAGAAGAAGAAGAAGAAGAAGGAGCAGUGGCCUCACUCCUCCACUUGGCUGGCAACAAGAAGAAGAAGAAGGAGCAGUGGCCUCACUCCUCCACUUGUCUGGCAACAAGAAGAAGGAACAGUGGCCCCACUCCUCCACUUGGCUGGCAACAACAAGAAGAAGAAGAAGGAGCAGUGGCCUCACUCCUCCACUUGGCUGGCAACAAGAAGAAGAAGAAGAAGGAGCAGUGGCCUCACUCCUCCACUUGGCUGGCAAGAAGAAGAAGAAGGAACAGUGGCCCCACUCCUCCACUUGGCUGGCAACAAGAAGAAGAAGGAGCAGUGGCCUCACUCCUCCACUUGGCUGGCAACAAGAAGAAGAAGAAGAAGGAGCAGUGGCCUCACUCCUCCACUUGGCUGGCAACAAGAAGAAGAAGAAGGAGCAGUGGCCUCACUCCUCCACUUGUCUGGCAAGAAGAAGAAGAAGGAACAGUGGCCCCACUCCUCCACUUGGCUGGCAAGAAGAAGAAGAAGAAGAAGAAGGAGCAGUGGCCUCACUCCUCCACUUGGCUGGCAACAAGAAGAAGAAGAAGGAGCAGUGGCCUCACUCCUCCACUUGGCUGGCAACAAGAAGAAGAAGAAGAAGAAGAAGAAGGAGCAGUGGCCUCACUCCUCCACUUGGCUGGCAAGAAGAAGAAGGAACAGUGGCCCCACUCCUCCACUUGGCUGGCAACAACAAGAAGAAGAAGAAGAAGAAGGAGCAGUGGCCCCACUCCUCCACUUGGCUGGCAACAAGAAGAAGAAGAAGAAGAAGAAGGAGCAGUGGCCUCACUCCUCCACUUGGCUGGCAACAAGAAGAAGAAGAAGAAGAAGAAGAAGAAGAAGAAGAAGAAGAAGAAGAAGAAGAAGAAGAAGAAGAAGAAGAAGAAGAAGAAGAAGAAGAAGAAGAAGAAGAAGAAGAAGAAGAAGAAGAAGAAGAAGAAGAAGAAGAAGCAGUGGCCUCACUCCUCCACUUGGCUGGCAACAAGAAGAAGGAGCAGUGGCCUCACUCCUCCACUUGGCUGGCAACAAGAAGAAGAAGAAGAAGAAAAGAAAGGGUACCAACAUCCCUCCUCUACUAAACGGUAUACCAAAGGCCUACCAAACUGUCUACCAAAAGACCUACCAAACAUAAUUCCAUUUGUUAGAAGAUGAAUAAAAUGAAAAAAGAUAAAAGAACUACCAAAGGCCUACCAAACGGCCUACCAUACGGCCUACCAAAAGGCUUACCAAACGCCCUAACAAAGCAACCUACUCAGCAGUUGCCUAUCCAAUUGCUGUGCACAGGCCCGAAUAGCUGUGUUGACUUGUAUUCUUAGUUGCUAUGUCCCCCUUAGCUUCACCUGGCUGUACACCUCGAACCAUGUCCAUUGAGGUGUUCAGCCUUCACCCACAAUGCACCUUAACACACCCCAAGCCAGUUAUUAUGUCACACAGUCUCUCAGAAGAAGAAGAAGUGGUCCUAUUCCUCCACUAGGCCGGCAUCCUGACUGUCAGGUAACAAUGGGUGUGACAUCCAGCACUAUGCUCAUCUCAGUCACCUCAGCCCCGUCGCUAACACACUUUGAGUGGACCAAUCUGUCAAGUUGUCCACUGGCCCCAAGGCAGUGUUGACCUGUUUUCUUAGUUGGCGUGUUCCCCUCAUCUACACCAGGUCACUCUCCUCCGACCACGUCCAUAGAGCUGGUCAGCCUUCAUCCACAGAGCAAAUUAACACAGCCAGUUCAGUCAUUAUGUCACACAGAUUCCUGUCACUGCCACCUCAGCCCCACAGCUCAUCCACUUGAGUGGACCAAUCUGUCCGGCUGUCAGCUGACCCCCAUGGCAUUGUUGACCUGCCUGCUUAGCUGGCAUGUCCCCAUCAGCUUCAUUAAGUCACAAGUGAACAAGAACGUUAACUACAAAGUAACUUUCUGAAGAUGAAUGCAGAGGACGUAGAAAUGCUCCUGUCCCUGUGUGUGUGCUGUCCCGUUCUACCUUGCUUAGACGUGAGCGACGAUACUAAUGAUAACCGCCUUCUGGUAGAUGGAAAGACUUUUCCAAAAACCUUCUCAAUUAAAUGUUAACUACAAUGUAGCCUAUGCCUACCUGGAAGACAUAUAUCCUGAUUGUUUGCAUCAAUCCAUUGGGCAUUUGUUUAGCAAUCUCUACACACGUGGACUCCAGGAACCAAACAACAUUCUACUGCUAUAUGUCCAUGGUGCAUGAAACUACAACAACAUUCUACUGCUAUAUGUCCAUGGUGCAUGAAACUACAACAACAUUCUACUGCUAUAUAUCCAUGGUGCAUGAAACUACAACAACAUUCUACUGCUAUAUGUCCAUGGUGCAUGAAACUACAACAACAUUCUACUGCUAUAUGUCCAUGGUGCAUGAAACUACAACAACAUUCUACUGCUAUAUGCCCAUGGUGCAUGAAACUACAACAACAUUCUACUGCUAUAUGUCCAUGGUGCAUGAAACUACAACAACAUUCUACUGCUAUAUGUCCAUGGUGCAUGAAACUACAACAACAUUCUACUGCUAUAUGUCCAUGGUGCAUGAAACUACAACAACAUUCUACUGCUAUAUGUCCAUGGUGCAUGAAACUACAACAACAUUCUACUGCUAUAUGUCCAUGGUGCAUGAAACUACAACAACAUUCUACUGCUAUAUGUCCAUGGUGCAUGAAACUACAACAACAUUCUACUGCUAUAUGUCCAUGGUGCAUGAAACUACAACAACAUUCUACUGCUAUAUGUCCAUGGUGCAUGAAACUACAACAACAUUCUACUGCUAUAUGUCCAUGGUGCAUGAAACUACAACAACA